CUCCCACUUUGACUUGGCCACAGAAAAAAUGUCGGGACAGGAACCCCAACUAGCUAACCACCACGCCAAGGCCGCCGCCAAUCUCAACGUCGACCCACCGGAGACCGACGCCGCCGUCCCUUCCACGUGUCAUCCCCCGAGGGACUCCGACGCCGCCGAUGGCGAAGCUAAAAGAUUGACCAAAUUGGGAAAAAGCCGGUCCAGAAAUUUCAAGGUGGAGUCCCCCAUGGAUUAUGGACCUGACCCAGACGGCUACUUGCCUUUGCCUGGUCAACCCGUCUCUUCUUCUUCUUCCUCCCGUGAAGAAAAAGUCAGCAGCCUCAAAACUGGUUUGGUUCAUGUUGCGAGGAAGAUGCCGAAAAAUGCGCAUGCCCAUUUCAUUCUGGGACUAAUGUAUCAGAGGCUGGGUCAGCCUUCAAAGGCUGUUUUGGCAUAUGAGAAGGCCGAAGAGAUUUUGCGCCGGCCCGAGGUUGACAUUGAUAGGACAGAGUUGCUUUCACUGGUUCAAAUUCAUCAUGCGCAGUGUAUUAUGCUAGAGAGUUCGGUGGAUGGUAGUUCGGAUGAAGAACUUGAACCUCAGGGGCUUGAGGAGAUUCUCUCGAAACUAAAAGAAUCGAUGCAGUCAGAUGUAAGACAGGCAGCGGUAUGGAAUACUCUCGGUUUGAUACUGCUUAAAACUGGCCGUCUCCAGAGUGCCAUUUUGGUAUUGUCAUCUUUGUUAGCAUUUGCCCCUACCAACUAUGAUUGCCUUGCAAACCUUGGGAUUGCUUACCUUCAAAGUGGAAAUUUGGAACUGUCAGAAAAAUGUUUCCAGGAAUUGAUCCUCAAAGAUCAAAAUCAUCCCACCGCCAUGAUCAAUUAUGCUGCGCUUCUUUUAUGUAGAUAUGGUUCAGUUGUUGCAGGUGCUGGGGCAAAUGCUGGUGGAGGUGCUUCUGCAGAUCACAUUUCUGCUAUCAAUGUUGCAAAGGAGUGUCUGUUAGCAUCCUUGAAUGAAGAUCCUAAAGCAGGACAUAUCUGGGCUAAUCUUGCAAAUGCCUAUUAUAUGACCGGUGAUCAUAGAAGUUCCAGCAAGUGCUUGGAGAAGGCGGCCAAAUUAGAGCUCAAUUGUAUGUCUACACGAUAUGCUGUUGCAAUACACCGAACCAAGGAUGCAGAACGGCAUCAAGAUCCCCACGAACUUUACUGGGCAGGAAAUGAAAUGGCUUCAGUUAUAAGAGAUGGAGACUCUGUUUCUGUUGAACUUCCCAUAGCAUGGGCAGGGCUUGCCAUGGUUCACAAAGCCCAACAUGAGAUUUCUGCAGCAUUGGCCACUGAACAGAAUGCCCUGACAGAGGUGGAAGAACACGCUGAUUACAGUUUAAAACAGGCAAUAGCUGAGGAUCCAGAUGAUGCUGUGCAAUGGCACCAGCUUGGUCUUCAUAGCCUUUGUGCGCGACAAUUCAAAAAGUCUCAAAAGUACCUCAAAGCUGCAGUUGCCCGUUUUAAAGAAUGCAGUUAUGCAUGGUCAAAUCUAGGUAUCUCACUGCAACUAUCAGAGGAGCCUUCACAAGCGGAGGAAGUAUACACGAGGGCCUUGUCAUUGGCGACAACUGAUCUUGCCCAUGCUAUAUUCUCCAACCUCGGCAAUCUGUACCGCCAGCAGAAGCAUUAUGAACGUGCCAAGGCAAUGUUCACGAAAUCUCUUGAACUCCAGCCUGGCUAUGCUCCAGCAUUUAAUAAUUUGGGUCUUGUAUUUGUUGCUGAGGGUCAAUGGGAAGAAGCUAAGUUCUGUUUCGACAAGGCGCUCCAGGCAGACCCAAUGAUGGAUGCUGCCAAAUCCAACUUGAUUAAAGCUGUGUCUACAUCAAGAUAAUAGACAGGCUUAAGCUCGUCUAUUUGUACCCAAGAUUAGAGUAGGUAGAUUUCCUCAGUGAUGAUUAGGGUGGUAAAAUUGUACUUAUUCAGAAGAAAAGGAGAAGGUGCCUGCCUUAAUCUAUAUGCUGCUUUUUUUUUUGUACAGAGAUACUUAUGAAGAGCUAGAAUUUGCAUCA